AUGAGCCUUCAUCAGAACUCUGUGGGUCCUGGAGACGCCCUCGGUCCGUCCGCUGUGAGUCCUUGAACGUCUGUCUGAGUGUCCGUCUAAAGCGAGGACUGCAGCCGCUCUCAGGCUCAGAUGAUGCUGUUACCACGGUAACGGGGGGCUGGGACGCAGUCAGACCUCUCUCCAGAGUUUGUCUGUCAUGGCGUGGGUCCGUCUGUUCUCACCCUGAUGGAGGUCAGGGAGGUCAGAGGUCACUGCAGCAGACUGCAGGUGUAGGAGCAGGUAACAGGUGGUUUAGAUCUGAAGGCGGUCUUUAGAGGACAGGUACGUCUGUCAUCGCUGUGAAGAAGAUCUAACAGGUGAAAAAGGCUUUACUGCCCCCUGCUGGUUAAUACCGCACAGUGCUCUGAAAUACAUGUUUACAGAAAACACAUGAUGGGAGGAUCGGCUGUUACCAUGGUUACGGUUCAAUAGUGUGAUUAUAUAAGACGGGUCAGAACAACAUGGUCCAAUGUGAGAAGAUACCUUCAUGAAGAACCAUCAGGACCAUCAGAACCAGUCUGACGUCACACUAAACACACACACACACACACACACACACACACAGACACACACACACACACACACACACACACACACACACACACACACACACACACACACACAUCUGAUUUAUAUCCACAUACAGAAGAGGGUCGGAUCAGAACCAAUCAGAACUGACCUGCAGUCUGAACGUAGACUCAGUCAGACUUCAGUUUAAUUCAAUACGGAUCAAUAAACAAAGAUACAGGAUCAAUGAGUCGAUAGGAAACAGGAUGAUGUGGUUCUGAAAGGACUGGAUCAAAUCUGUGAGAAAAAACUGAGACUAUGGACCUGAAAGAUUCUAGAAAGACCUGAAGACCGGGCUCUACGGGGCUCUACGGGGGUCCACCAGCAUGGACCGGGUCUGAAACAAAAACCUGGGUCCUCAUUUAUUGACGCUGUGUUCGUACAGAUGUGUUUUCACGAUCAUUCCCACGUAAAGUCAGUUAUUGAUCGACCUGUCCUUGUUCUCAGGACCGUGAGUAAACUCUGAGCAGACGCACGAACCCUAGUGGUCAAACAGUGGAACUACAACUAGAACCAUUAAAGGAGUCACAGCGUUCAGCAGUCUCUCUGUUCUCUUUAAUUAAGAAAACUGAUCGAUCAGUUAUUGAUCAGACAUUUGGACUUCACUGUUCCAGGUCCUCGAGGUGAACCCCAACAGACCAGCUGAGGAGGACCUCACCGACCCGCUUUAGAGACUAAGUUCUAACUCUUCAUCUCCUCUCCUCCAGACCCGGUCUCCUCCUCAUCCUCGUCACCAUGGUGAUGAAGAAGAAGAAGAGGAGGACCUGAACAAGGCUUUUGAGGUUCAAGGUUUUCAGGAGAUCCUCAGUCCUGGAGCUCGCAGUCCACCUGAGAAACACCGGGUCUACGACGAACAGGACUAUGAAGGUAAGGGACCAAAACCAGCUGGGGUCAAGGACUCUCCAGGAGGUUCAAGGACUCAGAUCAGGACCUAGUGAGGAUUUUAGGCUUGGUGGGAAACCUGAGAGGUUCUGGGUUUGAGGGACAAAGGGGGGUACAGUUAGUCCAGGGUCUAACCUCUAGAACAGCUGAUCAGUCUUUGGGGGACCAACAGACCCUGAGAACCGGACUUCAUGCUCAAACCACCAGAGAGGGUUUUGGUCUGUUUGUUGGAAGACCUCGUCCUCUCAGAGGUCUCCUUACUCAGUGAUGGGGGGUCUUCUAGGAGAUGGGGGGUCUAGAGGGUCUAUUUGAAGUCCUCCUCCUGGUGUCAGAACAGACCUGGACUCUCUGAUGUCCUUCAUUUCAGACCACCGUCACUUUUCUCCACACAUCCACCACCCUCUGUCCAAACCCCCCACCGACAGCAGGAGGAGGAGGACCAAUGAGGACGAGAGGCAGACCUCCACCACCAUAGAAGAAGACCAGGAGGAGGACCAGGAGGAGGACCAGGAGGACAACGACCAGGGACCAACGACCACGCCCAACAGGUGACUUUAACUUCCCAUGUCCACAACUUCAGAAAUGAGGUUUAUCUCCUUAACCUGUAACUCCUCCCCCUUUUACAGUGACCCGCCCACCAACUCAACCAAUCACAACGGCCUCUCACCGCGAGUCUCUGCUGAAGACGCAGACGAGGCCGAAACUCUGACGUCUGUGGACCUGGACGGCAUCAAAAGUCAGUACGAGAGUUUCAGACGUGAAUUCAUGUCUGACGGGACUUCAGAGCGUAGAUAUAUUUAUAAACACUAGAUGUCUCCACACGCUGUUAGCCAACGGAGACCAACAACUUCAGUUCUGAUGAGUCUAAAGAGCGUCUCUGCGUCUGUAACUGAGCGAGUCUGUUAGCCGAGUUAGACACAAACACAUCCUCAGAGACUGACACGAACAAGCGUCUGCUGGAAGAGAGUAGGUGAGUUGUGUUUAGUCUCUUUGUUAAAUGAGUCAAAGUUAAAAAGAUGUUUGGUGUCUAGUACUAUGUCUGUGACCCUAUAUGUACUAACCUCAGUAGAACAUGGUGUAGUUCCGUUUAGUAACAGAACCUCAUUGGAAAAUUAUCUGAUUUAACUUUACUGUGCUCUUGUUCAAAUAUAUUAACUCGACAGCACAUAAAUCCAUACCUGUUAACAAAAUCAUGAUUUUAUUGAUAAUUCGGCUCAAUAAAAACACCUUUACCUUUUCAUUUUACUACAGUAGAAGUUUAUUGGCCCAGCUUAUAGACUACAGAAGUUGAGAAACGCCCCCGCUUAAGUUUAUGUUUUCUUAGGAGUUAGAACAACUCUGAAUAUAGUACUAUGUCUGUGACCCUAUAUGUCCUGUUGAUGAAGUUAGGUGCUGUUCUGAGCAUUAUUUGUGGCUAUAGAGUGGCGUUUUGGUUGGGGGCGUGUCUCUCUGUAUUUCUAUCCUGCAGUCGUUACUAAAGUUGGUAUAACUAGAGAAGCAAGCGGUCGACAACAUUCAUCUCUGGAGGGGGGCGGGGUCUAACUCGGGGUUACGGUGGGUUUGACCCUAACUUAACUUUACAGCAGAAUAUCCCUUUAAAUGGACUCAGGUCCAGAAAGGUCUCUGGUGGUUCUGGUUCCUUCUGGUUCAGUUUGAACCUCAUCAGUAGAUGCGGUGAUCUCCAGAGUCCUGUCUGCUUUUAAGACCCUGAAGAUCAGGACCAUCCAGUCCUGGUUCUGGUUCUGGUUCUGGUCCCUUUAGUACAGAGAUUUCUCAGAUCCUCAGAAUCUCUGAAGGAUGAGAAACAGAAGAACUUUAUUUCUCAUUUCUCUCAUGUCUGAUCUUCUGUAGACGAUGAUCCACUCAGGAACCUGAUUCUGAACCUGUUGAACCGUUCACUCACGCGGUCUCUCACAGAGUCCUGAACCUCUGAGACCCUGAGCCUCUCUGAAGGUCUGUCUGAGACCCGGUCAUGUGACUAACCUGUUGGACCUUCACCUCAUGGGUUGGAGAUGAUCCUUCAGAUGUGGACUCAUGAAGACCAGAUCAGACCCUCAGUGCUCAUAGUGGUCUGGAGCUGUUCCCAGCAUGCACUGGGGCACAGGGUGAAGGUCAGACACAGUCAGGACUCGGCGUCCUGGAUUUUGGAGAUAAAGAACCUUCUGUGGGUCCUCGAUCUUCGUCAUGUGACCUGAACACAAUGCCGACCUCCUACAGGCCCCGCCCACACCCUCUGUCUAUUGUUAGAGUGUGUGUGUGUGUGUGGUUCUGGCUCUUUCUGGUCCCAGUCCUGGUCCGGUUCUGGUCCUGGUCUGUGGUGGUCUGGAGAUGAAGCCGGUCUGUGUGGUGGUCCUGGUCGAGUAUCUAAACAGGCUGAAGGUCGACCUCAGUGAGUACGCUCCUGUUUCUACUCUCUGUCAGCUGGUUUCAGGUUUUCAGGUGGACCUGGACCCGGCUCACCUGAGACCUCUCUCAGUUCCUGUUCAGUUCUCGUGUCUCGGAGUCUCUGCCUCAGAGGGACGUAGAGUUCAGGAGGGUCAGCAGAGUGAGGCGUUCAGGGACCCGGUAAAGUUGAAGGUCAUUCGAUCGUUCAGAUGUUUGUUUGUUCUCGUUGUUUAGAGGAGGAGAUCAGCUCUGUAACGGCGGCACCGCGUCGUUGAAGCCCCGCCCCCAUGACUGACUGAGCUUCUACCAGUGAGAAAAAGUAAAGAAGGAAAAAAAUAACAAAGUGAACCGAAGUGUCGCAGGUUUAGUUCAGGAUCAGAAUCAUGUCAGGUUCACGUCAAACAGAGUCUUAAUGCAAAUGAACAGAGGAACACGAGCUGAUUCGGCCUCUACUAACGAUGAGGUUCAGGGUUUUGGUCAAGAGGAAAUGGGAGUAAAUAUCCCAGCAUGCAUCAUGUCAGUGUCCACGGCCGCGGUGGUCGGGAAAGGUCUGGAAUGUUUGAGUGGCGUUAAUCUGGACGGACACCUAAAACCCGGUCUGGGUGUUCAGGUCUAAUUGAGCCUGAAACUCUGUUAGAGUCCAGAAAGUUCCCACAGGACCGGGGGAAGGGGGCGUGUACAGAGACCGUGUGAUGACCAUGUAUGCUCCGCCUCCUCAGGUCACCGAUUGGACGAUGUUCCUGCUGUGAGGCGUCACCUGUUGAAGAGGAGCUCCAGAGGGCCGAUGGUCCACGUCUCCAAAGAUCUGAACAGCAGCGCACCGUCACACCUGCUGCACCUGCAGCCAGACCACACCCCCCAUGAGGUCAGAGGGCAGGGGGAGGGGCCGGGGGGGGGGGCCGAGACCCUCCGAUGGUCUCAGAGUCUGUUCGGGAAAUAACCAUCAGAUUAUCGACUCAGCUACACCUGACCGUCUUUAACUACAACACACACAUAUACACACAUAUACACACACAGACACACACAUACACACACACACAUAUACACACAUACACACACACACAUAUACACACAGACACACACAGAAACACACACACACACACACAUAUACACACACACACACACACACACACACACACAUAUACACACAUAUACACACACAGACACACACAUACACACACACAUAUACACACACAGACACACACACACAUAUACACACAUAUACACACACAGACACACACAUACACACACACACAUAUACACACAGACACACACAGAAACACACACACACACACACACACACACACACACACACACACACACACACACACACACACACACACACACACACACACACACACACACACAUAUACACACACAGACACACACAGACACACACACAGACAGACACACACACACAGACACACACAGACACACACACACAGACACAUACAGACACACACACACACACACAGACACACACAUACACACACACACAUAUAUACACACACACAGACACACACACACACACACACACACAUAUAUACACACACACACACACACACACAGACACACACACACACACACACACACAUAUACACACACACACACAGACACACACACACACACACACACACAUAUAUACACACACACACACACACACACAGACACACACACACACACACACAGACACACACACACACACACACACAUACACACACACACACACACACACACACACUAACACACACACACAGACACACACACACACACACACACACUAACACACACUAACACACACACACAGACACACACACACACACACACACACACUAACACACACACACAGACACACACUCACAGGUCUGUAGGAUCUCUCUGUGUUCCUGUUUUUAAUAAAGACUCUUUGUCUAAAUAUCAUCGUUGUAUAAAACGGUCCAGAUGGUCUGGACUUUGGUCUGGACUUUGGUCUGGACUCUGGUCUGGACUCUGGUCUGGACUUUGUCAGAGUCCAGGUGGGCUGGUCCAGGUGCUGGUUCAGGUCUUGAUGAUGAGAUAAUUCUGUGGACCAAACAAAAGAAAAGGUCCUAAAUGAGGCUGAAAGGAGCGAUGAAAGACAAGCCGAGAGUCCGAGACCAUAAUCCCCGAGCUAUUGUCCACGGGUGACAACGGACGAAAUAAGGAGGAGGAGAAGACAGGUGAGGAGACAGACAGGUGAGGAGACAGACAGGUGAGGAGUCAGACAGGUAGACACAGGUAAACUCCCCGGUCAGGGUCUCAGCUCUCAGUUGGCCGUGGUCGUCAGGAUGGUCGGUUUGGACCUGAAGACGCGACAGAGAAAGGUAGACACGAGUUUAUACUGGUUAGUCUGGGUUAGUCUGGGUUAGUCUGGGUUAGUCCGGUCCAGUCCGGUCCGGUCUGGUCUGGGUAGCUCUCUUCUCUCUGCUGUGGUUCCUCUAACCCUGUAAGUCUGAUCCUCUAAAUCCAGUUUUUGAUCUCAUGUCUUCAGAGCUUUUGGACACUGGGUCCAGUCUAACUCCUGAAGUCCUCUCUGUUAGAGUGCAGUCAGGUCCUGGUUUCUCCUCUUCCUUCACAGCCUUUCCUCUCUGAUGGCUGGAGGUCUUGUAUUUGGUUCAGGUGGAGGUGGAGACGGAGGCAGGGUUCGACAGUUUGACCGUUUCACCGUGACUAAAAAUAGAUGUGUGUGAAAAUUAGUUACGGUCACAUGUGGGAAUAAAAAAAAUAAACAAAUGUGAUUUUUUCCUGUAAAUACGGCGGUGAAGUUAGUUUUAGGUUGGAUAUAUUUUCCUGUAAAUACGGCGGUGAAGUUAGUUUUAGGUUGGAUAUAUUUUCCUGUAAAUACGGCGGUGAAGUUAGUUUUAGGUUGGAUAUAUUCUCCUGUAAAUACGGCGGUGAAGUUAGUUUCAGGUUGGAUAUAUUUUCCUGUAAAUACGGCGGUGAAGUUAGUUUUAGGUUGGAUAUAUUUUCCUGUAAAUACGGCGGUGAAGUUAGUUUCAAGUUGGAUAUAUUUUCCUGUAAAUACGGCGGUGAAGUUAGUUUCAGGUUGGAUAUAUUUUCCUGUAAAUACAGCGGUGAAGUUAGUUUUAGGUUGGAUAUAUUUUCCUGUAAAUACGGCGGUGAAGUUAGUUUCAGGUUGGAUAUAUUUUCCUGUAAAUACGGCGGUGAAGUUAGUUUCAGGUUGGAUAUAUUUUCCUGUAAAUACGGCGGUGAAGUUAGUUUCAGGUUGGAUAUAUUUUCCUGUAAAUACGGCGGUGAAGUUAGUUUUAGGUUGGAUAUAUUUUCCUGUAAAUACGGCGGUGAAGUUAGUUUUAGGUUGGAUAUAUUUUCCUGUAAAUACGGCGGUGAAGUUAGUUUUAGGUUGGAUAUAUUUUCCUGUAAAUACGGCGGUGAAGUUAGUUUUAGGUUGGAUAUAUUUUCCUGUAAAUACGGCGGUGAAGUAAGUUUUAGGUUGGAUAUAUUUUCCUGUAAAUACGGCGGUGAAGUUAGUUUUAGGUUGGAUAUAUUCUCCUGUAAAUACGGCGGUGAAGUUAGUUUCAGGUUGGAUAUAUUUUCCUGUAAAUACGGCGGUGAAGUUAGUUUUAGGUUGGAUAUAUUUUCCUGUAAAUACGGCGGUGAAGUUAGUUUCAUGUUGGAUAUAUUUUCCUGUAAAUACGGCGGUGAAGUUAGUUUCAGGUUGGAUAUAUUUUCCUGUAAAUACAGCGGUGAAGUUAGUUUUAGGUUGGAUAUAUUUUCCUGUAAAUACGGCGGUGAAGUUAGUUUCAGGUUGGAUAUAUUUUCCUGUAAAUACGGCGGUGAAGUUAGUUUCAGGUUGGAUAUAUUUUCCUGUAAAUACGGCGGUGAAGUUAGUUUCAGGUUGGAUAUAUUUUCCUGUAAAUACGGCGGUGAAGUUAGUUUCAGGUUGGAUAUAUUUUCCUGUAAAUACGGCGGUGAAGUUAGUUUUAGGUUGGAUAUAUUUCCCUGUAAAUACGGCGGUGAAGUUAGUUUCAGGUUGGAUAUAUUUUCCUGUAAAUACGGCGGUGAAGUUAGUUUCAGGUUGGAUAUAUUUUCCUGUAAAUACGGCGGUGAAGUUAGUUUCAGGUUGGAUAUAUUUUCCUGUAAAUACGGCGGUGAAGUUAGUUUUAGGUUGGAUAUAUUUUCCUGUAAAUACAGCGGUGAAGUUAGUUUUAGGUUGGAUAUAUUUUCCUGUAAAUACGGCGGUGAAGUUAGUUUUAGGUUGGAUAUAUUUUCCUGUAAAUACGGCGGUGAAGUUAGUUUUAGGUUGGAUAUAUUUUCCUGUAAAUACGGCGGUGAAGUUAGUUUUAGGUUGGAUAUAUUCUCCUGUAAAUACGGCGGUGAAGUUAGUUUCAGGUUGGAUAUAUUUUCCUGUAAAUACGGCGGUGAAGUUAGUUUUAGGUUGGAUAUAUUUUCCUGUAAAUACGGCGGUGAAGUUAGUUUCAUGUUGGAUAUAUUUUCCUGUAAAUACGGCGGUGAAGUUAGUUUCAGGUUGGAUAUAUUUUCCUGUAAAUACAGCGGUGAAGUUAGUUUUAGGUUGGAUAUAUUUUCCUGUAAAUACGGCGGUGAAGUUAGUUUCAGGUUGGAUAUAUUUUCCUGUAAAUACGGCGGUGAAGUUAGUUUCAGGUUGGAUAUAUUUUCCUGUAAAUACGGCGGUGAAGUUAGUUUCAGGUUGGAUAUAUUUUCCUGUAAAUACGGCGGUGAAGUUAGUUUCAGGUUGGAUAUAUUUUCCUGUAAAUACGGCGGUGAAGUUAGUUUUAGGUUGGAUAUAUUUCCCUGUAAAUACGGCGGUGAAGUUAGUUUCAGGUUGGAUAUAUUUUCCUGUAAAUACGGCGGUGAAGUUAGUUUCAGGUUGGAUAUAUUUUCCUGUAAAUACGGCGGUGAAGUUAGUUUCAGGUUGGAUAUAUUUUCCUGUAAAUACGGCGGUGAAGUUAGUUUUAGGUUGGAUAUAUUUUCCUGUAAAUACAGCGGUGAAGUUAGUUUUAGGUUGGAUAUAUUUUCCUGUAAAUACGGCGGUGAAGUUAGUUUUAGGUUGGAUAUAUUUUCCUGUAAAUACGGCAGUGAAGUUAGUUUCAGGUUGGAUAUAUUUUCCUGUAAAUAGGCGGUGAAGUUAGUUUUAGGUUGGAUAUAUUUUCCUGUAAAUACGGCGGUGAAGUUAGUUUCAGGUUGGAUAUAUUUUCCUGUAAAUACGGCGGUGAAGUUAGUUUCAGGUUGGAUAUAUUUUCCUGUAAAUACGGCGGUGAAGUUAGUUUCAGGUUGGAUAUAUUUUCCUGUAAAUACGGCGGUGAAGUUAGUUUCAGGUUGGAUAUAUUCUCCUGUAAAUACAGCGGUGAAGUUAGUUUCAGGUUGGAUAUAUUUUCCUGUAAAUACGGCGGUGAAGUUAGUUUUAGGUUGGAUAUAUUUUCCUGUAAAUACGGCGGUGAAGUUAGUUUUAGGUUGGAUAUAUUUUCCUGUAAAUACGGCAGUGAAGUUAGUUUCAGGUUGGAUAUAUUUUCCUGUAAAUAGGCGGUGAAGUUAGUUUUAGGUUGGAUAUAUUUUCCUGUAAAUACGGCGGUGAAGUUAGUUUCAGGUUGGAUAUAUUUUCCUGUAAAUACGGCGGUGAAGUUAGUUUCAGGUUGGAUAUAUUUUCCUGUAAAUAGGCGGUGAAGUUAGUUUUAGGUUGGAUAUAUUUUCCUGUAAAUACGGCGGUGAAGUUAGUUUCAGGUUGGAUAUAUUUUCCUGUAAAUACGGCGGUGAAGUUAGUUUCAGGUUGGAUAUAUUUUCCUGUAAAUACGGCGGUGAAGUUAGUUUCAGGUUGGAUAUCUGACGGACAUUCUCUGAGGAUCUACCGGUGUCUUCUCACUCUCCAUAACCGGGAAUAACAACAGCAGCGCGGUUAAAUCUACUCGACACCCUCACUGUCAACGUCAGUGUUGAAUAAGGGACUGUCAAUAAAUUACCGGUUGAUGUUCUCAGAAAAGGCUGUUUUCCUUCAAUAGCUUCACUGUCAUGUGACCAAAAGACCUUAAAUUGAUUUCUAAUAAUAGUACUAAGGUCGAUCAAUAAGACAAACAUUAUUGAUCAGUUUUCAUUGAUCCUGGGUGGAGGAUCUCUGAUAUCUGAAGUUCAUGUUGAUGGCAGCAGUGAGGAAGAUGAAGAAGAAAAUCUCAGCUUCACAUGAACACUGUGUGUGUGUGUGUGUGUGUGUGUGUGUGUGUGUGUGUGUGUGUGUGUGUGUGUGCAGGUGUUUGUGGAGCUGAACGAGCUGGUGAUUGACAGGAACCAGGAGCUGCAGUGGAGAGAGACGGCUCGAUGGAUCAAGUUUGAGGAGGAGGUGGAGGAGGAGACGGAGCGCUGGGGGAAACCUCACGUCCCCUCCCUGUCCUUCAGGUCCCUGCUGGAGCUGAGAAGAACCAUCUCCCACGGUGAGGAGGCUCACUGCCACCCCCUGCAGGACAACACUGUCACCUCCUUUCCAGCCUCUGUCCUGAAUUUAUUUCCUCCUCAAAUAUGAUGAAGGUUCAGGAGUCUCAGGUUUUAACUCUCGGUUCCUGUUCAUGUGAAGCUCCAUCCAGGUUUCUUUGUCCCCAAACAGACAUGAAGAUAAAUGUUCAUAAAAUAAUCACUUUCUGAAGGUCACCCACAGGUACUUCAACAGUAAAACAUAAAGAUCAAACAGAGAAGGAGAAGUUCAUGUUGAAGGUCAGAAUCUCUGCAGGAGGAAACACUUCCUUAUUAGGACUGUUGUGGUGUGAUGUCAUGGCGUUGUGUUCCAGGGGCGGUUCUCCUGGACCUGAAGCAGAGGACUCUUCCUGGGAUCGCUCAGCAGGUGGUGGAGCAGAUGGUGAUCUCCGAUCAGAUCAGAGCUGAAGACAGAGCCAACGUCCUGAGAGCUCUGCUGCUCAGACACAGGUACGACCCCACCUGACGACACAUCCACCUGAAAACAUCCAUCCAUCCAUCCAUCCAUCCAUCCAUCCAUCCAUCCAACCAUCCAUCCAUCCAUCCAUCCAUAAAUCCAUAAAUCCAUCCAUCCAUCCAUCCAUCCAUCCAUCCAUCCAUCCAUCCAACCAUUCAUCCAUCCAUCCAUCCCUCCAACCAUCCAUCCAUCCAUCCCUCCAACCAUCCAUCCAUCUAUCGAUCCAUCCAUCCAACCAUCCAUCCAUAAAUCCAUAAAUCCAUAAAUCCAUAAAUCCAUCCAUCCAUCCAUCCAUCUCUAUCCAUCCAUCCAUCCAUCCAUCCAUAAAUCCAUAAAUCCAUCCAUCCAUCCAUCCAUCCAUCCAUCCAACCAUCCAUCCAUCCAUCCAUCCAUCCAUCCAUCCAUCUCUAACCCGUCCUUGGAGACCCUUUCCUGUUCUUCUUUGUUUUAUUCAAAGUCUCUUUUUUCUCCUCAGUCAUCCCAGCGAUGAGAAAGAUCACAGCUUAUUCAGCAAGAACAUCUCUGCAGCCAACAUGGCUAACUUGAUUGACAGGCACAUCGUCCAAUCAGAGCCCUCCAUUAAUGUUGCCAAUCAUAAAGAAGCUGAUGGUGAGAAAAACAAGGUAAAGGAAAAAAAGUUAUAACAGGUCAGCUGACUGUGUGUGUGUGUGUGUGUGUGUGUGUGUGUGUGUGUGUGUGUGUGUGUGUGUGUGUGUGUGUGUGUGUGUGUGUGUGUGUGUGUGUGUGUCUGUGUGUCCCUCCUGCUGAGAUGGUUGAUAAAUUUAGAGUCAGUAGAAGAAGAGCAGCAGAGUGUCAUCGGCGUUUAAGGAAGAGCAGAUCUUACGGUGACCCAGCGAGUUUUUCUGAUCCACCUCUGACCUCUGACCUCAUGUAACCAUGUGUGUGUUCAGAAAGAAGCCCCGCCCCUCUACCACUCCAGAUCCAAACAUGAGGAGAAGCUGAUGGAGAAGAUCCCAGAGAGAGCCGAGGCCACCGUGGUCCUCGUUGGUGAGUAUAAAACCCUCUGCUGUGUCUGCAGGCAGCAGGUUCAGUGGGUUCAGUGCUUCCCUCUGCUGUGUCUGCAGGCAGCAGGUUCAGUGGGUUCAGUGCUUCCCUCUGUUGUGUCUGCAGGCAGCGUGGACUUCCUGGAUCAGCCCUCCAUGGCCUUUGUAAGGCUGCAGGAGGCCGUCCUGCUGGAGUCUGUCCUUGAAGUUCCUGUUCCUGUGAGGUUCCUCUUCCUCCUUCUGGGCCCUCCCAUCGCCAACAUCGACUAUCACCAAAUUGGGCGAUCGAUCUCGACACUCAUGUCAGACAAGGUGAGUCUCUCUCUCAGUUUUCGAUCUGGUUUUAAAGACUUCAUCGGUGUCCUGAUUCUGGAUUCUUCCUCCAGAACUUCCAUGAAGCUGCGUAUCAGGCAGAUGACAGACAGGACCUGCUGGCAGCCAUUAACCGGUUCUUGGACUGCAGCGUGGUCCUUCCUCCCUCAGAGGUCGGCGGUGAUGAGAUGCUCCACUCAGUCGCUCGCUUCCAACGAGAAAUGCUCCGAAAGAGGGAGGAGGAGCAGAGCGGCAAACUGCAGGAGAAACAGGCCAGCAUCCAGCAGGAUGAAGGUCGGUAUCAUCUCAAGAUGUUUGUGAUAGACCAACUCUUUCACGUGUUCUUCUACAGAGUUUGUUCAGUGACAUGAGGACUUCUUUAUAAAAGGGACAGUCCUAGAUUCUCGUGGAGGUCCAUCUUCUCUGCAGGGUUCAUUCUUAGGUCAUCAGCCAAACAGUGAAUCCCUCUCAGGAUUUCCAAUGAAGUCCUGGGACCUGAAGACUCGAUGUGCCUUCGUUCAGAUCCUGAUUUAUAGAUGUCACCUUAGAUGUUGUCGUGUCAGAACAAUAACCCGACGUGUUUCUUCUUCUCCUCUAGAUUCCCUCGUUCCCUCCAAACGGAGCGACGAGCCUCUGAAACGCUCAGGACGUCUUUUUGGAGGUUUGAUCAGAGACGUGACUCGACGUUAUCCUCAGUACCUCGGUGACCUUAAGGAUGCUCUGAACCCUCAAUGCAUGGCCGCCAUCAUCUUCAUAUACUUUGCUGCCUUGUCACCUGCCAUCACCUUUGGAGGACUGCUGGGUGAGUGUGGAUCUGGAUCUGACCGACAGAAACUGAACUUUGAAGGUUCUCCAGAGAGGUUUGUCUCCUGGGUCUUCACAGGUGUGUUCUCUUUGACUCAGGUGAGAAAACAGACGGUCUGAUCGGCGUGUCUGAGCUCAUCGUCGCCACCUCCCUGCAGGGAAUCAUCUUCAGUGUCCUGAGCGCUCAGCCUCUGCUGAUCAUUGGCUUCUCCGGACCGCUCCUGGUGUUUGAAGAGGCCUUUUACACCGUGAGCAAACUCACCUUUGUCUCAGUAUUGACCCACAAUUUUCACCGCAAUCAGAACGACUUCGACCUGGAAUGGCAGCGAUUAUCGCCGUCCACCAAUUCCCACCGGAUCCGUUUGUGAGGCGGAUUACAGACAGCGGUAAUCAUGAGAACUCACAAGAACCGGCAGAUUCACGAUCAAUCGCUCGAUAACAAGUUGUCUCUAUAAAGACAGACACAUAGACAUAUAAGCAGUAGAUUGUGUCCUUCCAGAGGAGGAAAUCUACUUCUAGACUUCUAGAAUCAGCAUCUCCUCAUCCAUGGUGUCAUCGGGGUGAAAUGACGUCUAAAAACCUUUCACUUGUUCGUCGUUUGUGUUUUAUUUUGAAAAGAAGCCAGAUGUUUUAUUUUGUGUCUGUGCCCGACUUCCUUUCCAGCACGGGUUAAUCUGUGCUGAAUUUAUCCGCCAUGCUCCGACCUUCUCGUAGACGUUCAGGAUGAAGGUAGAGAUCGGGGGUUAGACACGGUCAGCUGUAGGGCAGCAUGUCUUCACAGAGAGCGUCUCUGUUACUCUGGACCGUCCAAAGAGUCUCAGUAAAACUGAAACAUCUGUGGUGGUCCUCAGGGUUCAGUCCUGGACCCCCGUUAGUUUCCUCUCAGAUCGAGUUUCUAUUUGAAAAGAAAAGGACUGUUUCUGUUUCUAGUCCCUGAGAGGAUGUCUCUGAUAAAUCUGGCUGAGAGCGGACUCUGUGGUCUAAACCAAGCUCAGAUGGCGGUGUUGACUCGUGGUUUGAUUUUGUAUGUCUGUCUUCUGUCCUGAAAUUGCUGCUACAUGAAGUGUCCCUCAUGUCCACUGUCCCCUGAUACCUGUUUGUAGUUUUGUAAGGACAACGGGAUCGAGUACCUGACGGGCCGGAUGUGGAUCGGUAUCUGGCUGGUCCUGAUUGUCAUCCUGACUGUGGCCUUUGAGGGGAGCAUCCUGGUUCGUUAUGUGUCCCGGUUCACUCAGGAGAUCUUCUCUUUCCUCAUUUCCCUCAUCUUCAUCUACGAGACAUUCGCCAAAUUGAUCAAGGUGAGACAAGAGGUCAAAGGUCAGCAUGGUGCAUGCCAUGACCAAAUCCCAGGUCAGAUCUUUGUGCCCCCCUAAGACAAACAUGAACGGCUGUAGGGACGGGUUUCCUCCUCCUGUCGUGGUCGCCCCUCUCAUGGUCAUGAACCUUCUACUGACGGACAGAAAGGCUAAACUUCUUCGAUCUUCUUCCUCUGUCUUUGUCCAGAUCUUUCAGGAGCAUCCCCUUAAAAACUGUUUCCAUGGAAACACUACAGUGUCGUCGUCUCAGUGCAACUACACUGUAACAGCAAGGAAUUCUGGGAAGGUUGUUGGAGAACCUAACACAGCCCUACUGUCACUGGUGCUCAUGGCUGGAACGUAUUUCAUCGCUUUCUACCUUCGGAAGUUCAAGAACAGCUCCUUCUUCCCCGGGAGGGUCAGUACACACAAGUACACACAAGUACACACUCAGGAACACACACAAGUACACACACAAGUACACACAAGUACACACAAGUACACACAAGUACACACUCAGGUACACACAAGUACACACAAGUACACACACAAGUACACACUCAGGUACACACAAGUACACACAAGUACACACAAGUACACACUCAGGUACACACUCAGGUACACACAAGUACACACUCAGGUACACACAAGUACACACAAGUACACACAAGUACACACAAGUACACACAGGUACACACUCAGGUACACACAAGUACACACAAGUACACACACAAGUACACACAAGUACACACAAGUACACACACAAGUACACACACAAGUACACACAAGUACACACAAGUACACACAGGUACACACAAGUACACACAAGAAACACAAGUACACACACAAGUACACACAAGUACACACACAAGUACACACAAGUACACACACAAGUACACACACAAGUACACACAGGUACACACACAAGUACACACAAGUACACACACAAGUACACACAAGUACACACACAAGUACACACAGGUACACACAAGUACACACAGGUACACACUCAGGUACACACAGUUACACACAAGUACACACAAGUACACACACAGGUACACACAGUUACACACAAGUACACACAAGUACACACAAGUACACACUCAGGUACACACAGGUACACACAAGUACACACUCAGGUACACACAAGUACACACAAGUAAACACUCAGGUACACACAGGUACACACAAGUACACACUCAGGUACACACAAGUACACACAAGUACACACUCAGGUACACACAAGUACACACAAGUACACACAAGUACACACUCAGGUACACACUCAGGUACACACAAGUACACACAAGUACACACAAGAAACACAAGUACACACACAAGUACACACAAGUACACACAACUACACACAAGUACACACAACUACACACAAGAAACACAAGUACACACAAGUACACACACAAGUACACACAAGUACACACAACUACACACACAAGAAACACAAGUACACACAACUACACACAAGAAACACAACUACACACAACUACACACACAAGUACACACUCAGGUACACACAGUAACACACAAGUACACACAAGUACACACAACUACACACAAGAAACACAAGUACACACAACUACACACACAAGUACACACUCAGGUACACACAAGUACACACAAGUACACACAAGAAACACAAGUACACACAACUACACACACAGGUACACACACAAGUACACACAAGUACACACAGGAGCAGGUUUAUAUAGAUAUAAGGAUUUUAGAUUCUGGUCUCACAGCGCAGCAGGAAAAACCAACUCAGUAGACUCAGACCAUGAAAGGACAGUCCUCGUAUCAUGACUGAAGAUUUAGACCAGGUCUCUCAAACUUGUCUGGGUCAGACCUCCUGAUUGAUCAGGUCUGAUUGGGGAUGUUUCCUGAUCACUGAUCAUGAAGUCGUUCUUCUGUUUGGGUUCCAGCUCCGUAGGAUCAUCGGAGACUUCGGGGUCCCCAUCGCUAUCCUCAUCAUGGUGCUGGUGGACUACAGCGUUGACGACACCUACACUCAGGUCAGACCGGAGCAGGUUUCAAGAUCCUGUGUUAACUGAACACACUGAGACGGACUGACAGGUUAACUGUGCCCUCCUCUGAUUGGCUAACAGAAACUGAACGUGCCCAGUGGAUUCUCAGUGUCCAGUCCGGACAAACGUGGUUGGCUGAUUUCUCCUUUGGGGUCAGACGGGCAGUUCCCUGUUUGGAUGAUGGCAGCCAGCAUCCUGCCAGCCAUCCUGGUCUUCAUCCUGAUCUUCAUGGAGUCUCAGAUCACGGCGUACAGGACUCUCCGUUCUCUGUUGUAUCUUGGUUUUUGGUUUUAGAGGAGAAGAUCUUGAGUGUCCUUGUCUGUCCUGUAGGCUGAUCGUCAGUAAGAAGGAGAGGAUGCUGGUGAAGGGGACUGGUUUCCAUGUGGACCUCCUCAUUAUCGUGGUGGUGGGUGGACUCUCAGCAUUGUUCGGUUUGCCGUGGUUAUCGGCCGCCACGGUCCGCUCUGUCACCCACACCAACGCCCUCACUGUCAUGAGCAAAGCCGUUGCCCCCGGUGACAAACCCCGCAUCGAAGAGGUGAAGGAGCAGAGGGUGACGGGGUUCGUGGUCGCGGUUUUAGUGGGUACGACUCUUCAUCUAGAUUCUUUCUACAACCGUCAAUCAUGGUCCCGCCUCUACGCUACAUCUGAUUGGUCUGUCCCCCCUCAGGUCUGUCCAUCGUCAUCAGUGAUGUCCUGCGUCAGAUCCCUCUGGCGGUUCUGUUCGGGAUCUUCCUCUACAUGGGUGUGAUGUCUCUAAAUGGGAUCCAGCUGACAGACAGACUCAUCCUGCUGCUGAUGCCCCCCAAGUACCACCCUGACCAAAACUACGUCCGCAAGGUAAGCCCCGCCCCCUGACUAUGGACGUGCACCCUGACAAACGCCAGACUCCAGACCAGCACCAAAAACCUGUAAAUUCACUUUAACCUCCGGACUUUAGAUCAGGACUAAGACAGAUGGACUUUAUUCAGUCCUACACUGACGAAGAAAAGACUCGGUCUUAUGGUGUCCAGAUCUUGGACUUUUGUUCUGGACUUGAUUUAUUCAGGGACUUGUUGGACUGAUUCUGGACUUCUUGUUUUUGACUUGUCCAAGAUUUUGAUUGUUUAGUUUUGACUCCGGACUUGUUAGUUUGAUCUCAGACUUGUUGGUCUUUGCUCAGGGACUUCCUGGUGAUUAUCCUCUGAUCCGAGUCUACCACCUGAACCUUACCGUAGACUUAUGUUUCUUAAUCUGGGACUUGAUGGGAGACGUGACUUAUUUCUAGUCAGUGUCUUUUCAAACCCGUAGAUCUUGGCUUGAACUUCACUCUGAGUUUUUGGUUGUAACCUGGUUGUGGACUUGUUGGUCUUGACUGAUUCUGGACUUGUUUGAUUGGGACUUGUCCUUCCUCUUGUUGGACCUUGACCUGGUCAGGACACCAAGCUCACAUAAACCGUGUUUCUGUGUCUCCUUCAGGUGCGAACGUUGAGGAUGCAUCUGUACACCGUCAUCCAGCUGAUCUGCCUGUCCCUCCUGUGGGUUGUCAUGGCAACAGCAGCGGCGCUGGCGUUCCCCUUCAUGCUGCUACUGACCAUCCCCGUGAGGAUGCUGGUGCUGCCCCGGAUCUUCAGCUGGAGAGAGAUGCAGAGUGUGAGUAAUUCAGGACAUCAGAGUGACGUUACAGAGAAACACUCGUUUGUGUGACUGACCCGGUCAGGUGUGGUCUGAAGGACCCGUUAGAGAACUGAGACGAGGAUCAACAAGGUCUCAUCCCUCAGUGGACCACAAUAAUGUGUUACUGUGAAAACGAGGCUUCGGUACCAUCCAGGAACCCGACUGUAGCCUACAGCAGGACAGGACCCAGGAGAGGUUAGGACCCACAAACUGAGCCCAGAAGACCAGGUCCUGCACACUGAGUACUGAGUUCUAUAGUAGUAUACAGUAGAUACUUCAUACUGAGUUCUAUGGUAGUUCAGUCUGACUGUAAGUCGUCUGUUAUUCUGUAGUUUGGUUGUCCUGGUUUAACUGGUUUAACUGGUUUAACUGGUUUAACUGGUUUAACUGGUUUCCAGUCCGUCAUACUCUGGUAAAUUACAGCGACACUCAGAGUUCUUCGUUUAUUUACAAACAGAAAAAAAUCUUUAAUUUGAUUUUUUCUGGAUUUUUAGUCCAGAACCAUCAGAACCUGUUCUGUCUCUGCGAUGACUCGUCGAUGAUCCGGCGUCGUUUGAUUCUCAUCACGGCGCCGUAAACACAGCAGACGUUCAGACGGUCAAAUAUCGUCUGAUUGAGUCCGACUGUUUUAACGUUUACUCGCCUUUCUGCGUUAAAGCUUCAGACCUCCUCUAAUGUCAGCUGACUGUCCAGCUGUGCGAUGGAAACAUGGCUGAUGGCGUGCGCUGUGUGUGGUCAUCAUCAGGCGUAGCUACAGAAUAAAAGACGAGGAGAAGGUGGAGAAUCUGAGGCUUUGAUGGAGGUAAAAACUGUCCGGUAUGAAAACAAACGUUCUUGUCAGAAAGAAGAAGAAGAAGAAGAAGAAGAAGAAGAAGAAGAAGAAGAAGAAGAAGAAGAAGAAGAAGGAGAAGAAGAAGAAGGAGAAGAAGAAGAAGAAGAAGAAGAAGAAAGGAGAAGAAGGAGAAGAAGGAGAAGAAGAAGAAGAAGAAGGAGAAGAAGAAGAAGGAGAAGAAGAAGAAGGAGAAGAAGAAGAAGAAGAAGAAGGAGAAGAAGAAGAAGGAGAAGAAGAAGAAGGAGAAGAAGAAGAAGAAGAAGAAGAAGGAGAAGAAGAAGAAGAAGAAGGAGAAGAAGAAGAAGGAGAAGAAGAAGAUGAAGAAGAAGAAGAAGGAGAAGAAGAAGGAGAAGAAGAAGAAGGAGAAGAAGAAGAAGAAGAAGGAGAAGAAGGAGAAGAAGAAGGAGAAGAAGAAGAAGAAGAAGAAGAAGAAGAAGAAGAAGGAGAAGGAGAAGAAGAAGAAGAAGAAGAAGAAGAAGAAGGAGAAGAAGAAGAAGAAGAAGGAGAAGAAGAAGAAGAAGAAGAAGAAGAAGAAGAAGAAGAAGGAGAAGAAGAAGAAGAAGAAGGAGAAGAAGAAGAAGGAGAAGAAGAAGAAGGAGAAGAAGAAGAAGAAGAAGAAGAAGAAGGAGAAGAAGAAGAAGAAGAAGGAGAAGAAGAAGAAGGAGAAGAAGAAGAAGAAGAAGAAGAAGAAGGAGAAGAAGAAGGAGAAGAAGAAGAAGAGAGAAGAAGAAGAAGAAGAAGAAGAAGGAGAAGAAGGAGAAGAAGAAGGAGAAGAAGAAGAAGAAGAAGAAGAAGAAGAAGGAGAAGAAGAAGAAGGAGAAGAAGAAGAAGGAGAAGAAGAAGAAGAAGAAGAAGAAGGAGAAGAAGAAGAAGAAGAAGGAGAAGAAGAAGAAGGAGAAGAAGAAGAUGAAGAAGAAGAAGAAGGAGAAGAAGAAGGAGAAGAAGAAGAAGGAGAAGAAGAAGAAGAAGAAGAAGAAGAAGGAGAAGAAGGAGAAGGAGAAGAAGAAGGAGACAAAGAAGAAGAAGAAGAAGAAGAAGGAGAAGAAGAAGAAGAAAAAGAAGGAGAAGAAGAAGAAGGAGAAGAAGAAGAAGAAGAAGAAGAAGAAGGAGAAGAAGGAGAAGGAGAAGAAGAAGAAGGAGAAGAAGGAGAAGGAGAAGAAGAAGGAGACAAAGAAGGAGAAGAAGAAGAAGGAGAAGAAGGAGAAGGAGAAGAAGAAGGAGACAAAGAAGGAGAAGAAGAAGAAGACAGGCUGUCAGGAGGUCGAAUCUUUUAGCCGUCCUCUUAGAAAAUGAACGCUCCGCUCAAACGUUUCUCCGCUCUCCGCUAUUCCGCCGUCUGCCCAGGCGCUUUGCAUUGUGGGUAACAGUAGGUGAAGCAGACUGGUCUGAUGAAAACUGUGAAAUCUUCCUGAAUCAGAACGUCAUCCGAGUAUUUUUGACAAACUGUAAACUUCAUAUCAGGGAUUCUGGUUCUGGACUGGGAGCUGAGGACAGGUCUGGUGGACCCUGUAGAGAGGAGGGAGGAGUCAGAUUAGCUCAGGUCAUGGUAGAGACGUUAGAUGUCCUGUUUGGGUUGUUACCAUGACAACAGUCUGCAGUCCUGACCUCUGACCUCUGGUCCUGCAGCUGGAUGCUGAUGACGCAGAGCCGUACCUGGAGGAGAAGGAGGGGCAGGACGAGUACUCGCAGCUGCAGAUGCCCGUGUGA